CGUCCAGCAGCUGAUCGGUAAUCCAGAAGAAGUUUCCCCUCAGUUAGGGGGGAGCUCCACUUUGAAGCAGGAGACUCCACAACCACCCUGCAUUAAAAAGGAAGAGGAGGAACUCUGCAUCACUCAGGAGGGAGAGUGUCUUCUAGGACGAGAGGAAGCUGAUUACACCAAGUUUCCACUGAGUAUUCUCUCUGUGAAGACUGAAGAUGAUGAAGAGAAACCACAAGUAGACAACCUCUUAGCUCCACUAUCACAUAGUGAGGCGAAAGACAAGUUUGAAGAACCUAUGAGUAGGAAAACUGACUGUAAAGAACUUCCCCUUCAGCCUAAGGAGGGCAGCUCCACUUUGAAGCAGGAGGCUUCACAGCCCCCUCACAUUAAAAAGGAAGAGGAGGAACUCUGCAUCACUCAGGAGGGAGAGAGUCUUCUAGGACGAGAGGAAGCUGAUUACACCAAAUUUCCACUGAGUAUUCUCUCUGUGAAGACUGAAGAUGAUGAAGAGAAACCACAAGUAGACAACCUCUUAGCUCCACUAUCAGAUAGUGAGGCUGAAGACGAGGUUGAAGUAACUUUGAGCAGCAAUAAAGACUGUGAAGGUGAUAUGAGGACUCACACUGACAACAAACACUCUGAAUGCUCUUCAAAGAAGAGAGGUAAAACAUGUUUGAGCUGCUCAGUUUGUGCUAAAAGUUUUACUAAAAAGUGCCAUUUGACUCGACACAUGAGAACACACACAGGUGAAAAACCAUUUAAUUGUUCAGUUUGUGGAAAAAGCUUUUCUCAAAAUUGCACUUUGACUGCUCACAUGAAAACACACACAGGUGAAAAACCAUUUGAAUGUUUAGUUUGUGGCAAAAGCUUUGCUCUAAAUAGCCGUUUGACUCAACACAUGAGAACACACACAGGUGAGAAACUAUUUAAAUGUUUAGUUUGUGGCAAAAGCGUUUCUCUAAAUAGCCGUUUGACACAACACAUGAGAACACACACAGGUGAAAAACCAUUUAAUUGUUCAGUUUGUGGAAAAAGCUUUUCUCAAAAUUGCCGUUUUGCUCAACACAUGAGAACACACACAGGUGAAAAACCAUUUAAUUGUUCAGUUUGUGGAAAAAGCUUUUCUCAAAAUUGCACUUUGACUGCACACAUGAAAACACACACAGGUGAAAAACCAUUUAAUUGUUCAGUUUGUGGCAAAAGUUUUCAUCGAAAUCGCCGUUUGACUCAACACAUGAAAAUACACACAGGUGAGAAACCAUUUAAAUGUUUAGUUUGUGGCAAAAGCUUUUCUCAAAAUUGCCGUUUGACUCUGCACAUGAGAACACACACAGGUGAAAACACAUGUAGUUGUUUAGUUUGUGGCAAAAUCUUUUCUCGAAAUAGCUCUUUGACCGAACACAUGAGAAGACACACGGGUGAAAAACCAUUUAACUGUUCGAUUUGUGGUGAAAACUUUUCUAUUAAGAGCCAUUUGACUGAACACAUGAGAACACACACAGGUGAAAAGCCAUUUAGUUGUUCAGUGUGCUGUAAAAGGUUCGCACAUAAUGCAGCCGCAGCAAAACACAUAAGAACACACAAGGGUAAAUAGUCAAUUAGCUGUUUAGUUUGUGGUAUGUUGCUCAUAUGUGGUGACAUCCACCCUACCCAGGACCUCCUCACUGCUUCUUUCACAAAUAUCUGAGGUAUUCAUACAAACUUGGAUUAUUUGGAGCAUAAUCUUAUGUACUCAUGACUAGGGAUGAUACUCAAAACCGGUUUUUCCGGUUGUUCGAUAAGAAAAGAACCGAGUCCUCGGACUCGAAUCCAUUUUUGAGAACCGGUACCCGUUAUCGAGACCACUAUAGUAAAGAAAAAGAGUUGGUUCUUUAUUCGAAUCCCUCGGAACGACUCCCGUCCCAACCAGAAAUGCCCCGUGGGACAUCACAAGAAAUGACGUCACGUAGCUCAGUCAUUAGGCGCAGAUACCGAAAGCAGGAAAAACAAUGUACCGCGCUCCAAGGUGUAAUAAAGUUCAAAACAAAAGGUAUAAUCCGAUGAAUAACUUUACUGAGAGAUUUGAGCAGAGUACAAACACAUGACCAACACUUUUACGACCAACCGGAAACAUAGCAACCAGGCUAGCAACGCACCUCCUUUACGGCAGCUGUCGCAACGUUCUUAAAACAACCGCAGCACAUACAUAUAUAUACAACAUAUCUCCCUUUUUUAACUUUUGUUUUUCUUUCCUUGUAAACAAAACAAAAUCACACUGUAGAUGUGUUGUCUGUCUAAUUAUAAAUAAUGCAGACGAGGCGUGUUGGCUGAGUUCUUGACGUUUACUUUCACAGCGUGGCAACAUGCAACACUUUUCGGGGCUACCGCGCAUGCUCGUCACUCCCGUUGCAUGCUGGGUAGUGUAGUUGUUAUAUUCCCUAGCUCAUAACAUCACAUCUUUCCCCCUUACAAAGAAAUAAUGUUAACUCAAUAAAGUGUAUUUCUUUUUUUAGCUUUAACUUUUCAUUUUUUAGCAUUGUAACCACAUUUGCAAACAACUUUUCUCUUCGUAGAAUUUUCUUUCAAUAAAGAAAUAAAGUGCAAAAAUGUCAAAGCAUCAUAACAAACAGUUAUGUCAAAUAGCAGCAGAAUUGCACUUUUUGGAGAGCUGUAUUAUUUUCAGUUUUGUGCCCAAGGGACUGAUUUUAUUCAACACUAUAUUAUUAUUUAUACACCUAUAGUGAUCACAGAGACAGGUUGUUUUUGUGUUACUGUAUAUAUUUGUUUUUCUGAAAAAUCCCACUUAAUAUACUUUGGGUAACAACAGUCAAUAUGUUUUUUUUGUUUUUUUUUUAGGGGGGUAACAGUCAAUAUUUAUUUAUUUAUUAGAUUUAAUUUUUUUCUUAUAUAAUAAAAGUUAGCUUUUGUUAAACCAAAUAUUGUGUGUUUUUUUCCAUAUACAACAACCUAUCUGGACUCGAUAAGAGAAUCGAUAAGGAAUCGGUUCGAUAAGAGGAUUCGAUAAUAGGCUCGAACUCGAUAAUUUCUUAUCAAACAUCAUCCCUACUCAUGACCCCAUGUCUUCUCUGUAUCUGAAACCUUCCUGAACAGUAAGAUAGAUGAUGCUUCAAGUGCUUGGUUACUCCUUCUUCAGUCCAGGGACCUGGGGCCUCAUGUGUCAAGUUUGUGUACGCUCAAAAACCUGCACUACACCCUUUUUCACUGCAAAGUUGAGAUGUAUCAAAACUGACGUUGACGCAUAAGUGAUGCUGGGUAACUGUUUGUAUAACAAACUGCCAACUUUUACUCUUCAGACUGAGUGAUGUGCAAAUCAGAGACAUAUGAACAAUUAACCCCCAACACCCACAACCCAACCCCCACCUCUCGACAUUCGGGCAUCACAGGUUUAAUCCAGCCCGCGAGAUGAGUUUGCCAAGUGUAAAAUUCAGCCGCAUUUUUUAAUGAAAGAAACUGCUGUUCUAAUUGUGUACACUGGAUGUCGCAAUAGCAAUUCUGUUAGGCAAGCAAAUAGUUUAAACCGGGGCGAGCAAGUAUACCAAGCAAGAGGUACACGGUAAAGCGGGGCUGUGACUCCUCCCCCUCCACCCAACAGGAGUAAAAUAAGCAAUCAGUAACCCCACUUAAAAUGCAGCAUGAGACACUGCACACUGAUAUAGUUCUGUGAAAAUGAUUGUCUUCUGUGCAAAUGUAAAGAAAGUGAACAGUGUGUGAUUUACUGCAAUACUGUCAGUCUUUUAACUUUUUAUUUGUGCUUUGUUGAAAUUGUUCACACAUUGCACUGCUUUUAUUUUUCUAUCAAUACACAUUAUGUCUGGAAGACAGGAAGUAACUCAACACUCUUGAAUAGUUUCUACCUCAGUUUGUAUGGUUUGUUGAGUUAGCACAGGAUUAAUAUGUGGAAAUGACAAAUGAGGUAGUUGAUAAAUAGAAUAGUUUUUAUUCAUGCUUUAUUUUGUUUUUUGUUCAAUCCUAGAUGGGUUGUGACUUAAAGUUUAAUUGCUUUGUAGAAACACUGAGAUUAAGUCUAAAUUCAUUGUGUUCUUCAAGGUGUUUCUAAAAAUGCACCAUUUGUUUCCUCUAAAUGUUUAACUAAUUUGAAGUGUUUUGUCAA